AUUUUUAUGAAUAAAUCAAAAUUACAACAAAAUUUACAACCCUAUUUACCUUCAUAUUCAAUCUCUAAUCCAAAUAAAUUAUUCUAUUUUAUUUUAUUUUCUAUAUCCAUAAUUUCUGUUUUAUCUAUAUUUUUUUCCAACUUUAUUCAUUUAUGAGUCCUUAUAGAAAUUAAUACCCUUCUUAUAAUCUCAAUAAUAAGUAUUUAUACAAAAAGAUAUAAAUCAGUUAUAAACUUUUUUGCUAUUCAAUCUUUUUCAAGUCUUAUUUUAAUUUAUCUUCUUAUAGUUAAAAAUAAUAUUGAUUCCACUAAUCCAACUUAUUCAUCAAUUAACUUUAUAUUAACUUUAUCAUUUUCUCUAAAAUUAGGCCUCUUCCCUUUCUUUUUUUGACCUCCUCUAAUUAAUAAAAAUAUUUCAUGAACUAUACUACUAAUAAUAUCUACCUCACAAAAAUUUGUUCCCUUAUUAAUUUUUAAUAUGUUUAUUGAUCAAUUUACAAAUAAUCAAAUUAUAUUCUCUAUCAUUUUUAUCUCCAUUUUAUCUUCAAGAAUUUCAACAAUUAUAAAUUCAUAUGAAACAAACCUAAAAAAAAUUAUAACCUUAUCUUCAACUAAUCAUCUUAGAUGAAUAUUAAUAGUUAUCAUAUUUGAUUCAAAUAUAUUUUUAAUCUAUUUUAUUACUUACACCUUAUCAAUAAUUUUUUUAUGUUCAAUUUUUAAUAAACUUAAUAUUAUUUUUAUUCACUCUCUAUCUAAAAUUCAAUUAUUUAAUUUUAAAAUAAUUAAUUUCUUUAUUAUUUUAAACUUAUUAAUCAUUAGGGGUCUACCUCCUUUUUUUACCUUUAUUAUAAAAAUUAACAUCCUAAAAAUUAUAAUUGAAGGAAAUGCCUAUCUUGCCUCUUUUCUUUUAAUAGCUAUAUCUACUUUUACAUUAAUUUUCUAUUUAAAUAUUAUUAUAAAAAUAAAUACACUUAAUCUUCUAAAAAUCAAAUUUUAUAAAUUUAAUAUAUUUGAUAUAAAAUUUAAUUUUAUAUCAAUUUUAUAUAUUAGAAUUUUAACCUUAAUACUUGCCUUCUUUGCUCUUUUUAUUUACCCAUAA